UUCUAGACACGGCCUUUGUUAAUCAACCAAAGAAACAUCAAACCCGGAAAAUUUUGAUGUUACACAAACCGGAAAAUCGGGGCAGGGAGGCGGCGACGAGCCUAAUUGUUUAUGAGCGAUAGCCUCAGCAGUCACGCUACGUAACGGACUAGUUAGGUUAUUUCCAACAGAGUUUAGACAGUGGUGUUGUAAGGUAAUGCUCAGUGCAGACCGAACUGCUCUAUCUGAACUAGCGAAGAUGACCGCUGCGAGUCAAGCGGAGAGGACUGUGCUAGAGGAAGAAUUUAACUGGCUGCUGAAAGAAGAGGUGCAUUCAGUGCUGAAACAGCUGCAGGACAUUUUGAAGGAGGUAACAAGGCGUUUUUCAAUGCCAUCACCUGGUCUGGAUGGACAACUGAAACAAGAAAAUUUCAUUCUGGGCAGCUCCACGAUGGACCAGAUUAAAGGGGUUUUGACAUUACAAGGAGAAGCUCUGACUCAGGCUGAUAUUAAUUUCAAAGUUGCUAAAAGCAGUCAAGUCAUGCAUUUUGCAUUCCGAGAUGAUAAACAGUGGAAAUUGCAGCAGAUCCAAGAUGCCCGAAACCAUGUGAGUCAGGCCCUCCAGUUACUAAGCAGCCGUAAUGAGAGCUAUCACUUUAAAACUGGUGCUGAAGUUAAUAAGCUUAUGGAUGCAGUGAUGCUUCAGCUGACCCGAGCCCGUAAUAGACUCACUACCCCAGCCAGCAUGACUCUUCCUGAGCUUGCAUCUAGUGGGUUAAUGAAAAUGUUUACACCUCCAAUGCCUGGGGAUGUGAUGGUGAACUUCUAUGUCAAUCUCAGCAAACUGUGUCUGACUGUGUACCAACUGCAUGUGCUGCAGCCUAACACUACUAAGAACUUCAAAUCUGCAGGAAGUUCAGUGCUGCAUAAUCCAGGAACGAUGUUUGAAUACAACAACACUAAGUUUGAGGUCAGCCAUGUCCAUAAGGUGGAAUGUGUGGUUCCCUGGCUGAAUGACACACUGGUGUUUUUUACCAUUUCCCUGCAGCUCUGUCAACAGCUAAAAGAUAAGAUUUCUGUCUUCUCUAAUUUCUGGAACUACAGACCCUUUUAAGCUAUAUCUGACCAAAGCUCUUUUGCAGUGAAUGAUAAUAAAAUGAUAUAAUUACUAUACUUUAGGAUGCACUAGGAACUAAAGAAUUCUGUGAACAAGUUCCAUAAAGUAAUUUUCUUUAUUACAGGACCAUGUAUUCAGUGUAUAUGUGUGAGACAUAUAAAGUUUAUUGUACAGUAUGUAUACUACAGUAGUGAUAUUGUGCUAUGUAGAUUGUGCUGAAAGCAUUCCUUUGAAACAGGCUUGUCAGAUGAAGGUAUUCAGUGACAUUCGUUCCUUUAUGCGUUCAUGCAGUAUUUGUCAUUGUUGUCAGUGUUGAUCUGUUUGUCAGUGAUCUUGCCUAUAUUUAAGCUAACCAUAGGCCUAGACUUUAGAAUGAAAAUGCUACUAAAUACACAAUGCUUGGAAUUCUUAGUGGUCGUUUGUCACAAAGACUGUGAAAUGUUCCAUUGUAUUUAAUGAGACCUCUUCAAAACUUUUUCACCAGUGUUUUUGCCUUGUAGUCCGUGUGGUUGUACGUUUAACACUUAGAACACUUUGGGGGUUGGGGUGGGGUGGGGGUAUGGGGGUUGGAUAGAUAUCAUAUCAGGGACUAUCCCAUGAUGAAACAUUUAAAAACAUUUAUAAAUAACCUCAUUAUGAUAAACCUCACCAGAUACUUGGAACUACAUUAAUGUGCAUAUAUGACCAACAGUAUAUUUGCCACUGUAACUCAUCUGUGGUAUGAUUCUAUUAGAACAGCUCUGCUGAUUAAUAACACUAAUUGACAUAUAACAAUGAACGAUGUCAGGGCUUUCAAAUGAUCAUUCCAUUUAAACAAUACACAUUCCUGUGGAUGUUGUGAUUAGGGAGUCGAGUUUGCUGUUCCUAGUAAACAUCAUUCCAUGAUGAAAAAAAGGAAUUUUAUGUUCCUCGAUAUUUCUUUAACAUCAGGUCAUUCAAAAUUUGGGAGUCUUACAGAAAGUUUUUCUCUGUCAUGGUAGUUCAUGUACUCCUCAGCCUUGUGUGUUUAUUGGUAAUUUUUAUUUAUUCCAUGCACUUCAUUUGUGUCCUCAAUAAUUUCAUGUAUGUUAAUUUAUACUGAUUAAAAUGUUUAAGUGAAAAUAAAAAAAGAUUUUCAUGGUACAUUUCAUGCUUAGUAUGGAACAUUUUGUGCAAUAAACAUACCUUAUGAACA